GGCGUUUCCCCCCCGAGAAGGCAGCAGGGGCGGUUGAGAAGUGAAGUCUUAGCCAGAGUUUGCUUCUUGCCAGCAAAUCUGCUGCGGCCGAGGCGGCGGUGGCGGCGGCAGCGAUCCCCGGCCGAGCGGAGGCCGCCGCGCUCCCGGCUCCCGCAGCGGGCCACGGAGAGCCAAGCGGGGGGCGCCCGGAGCCGGAGCGCGCCCCGGACGCCGCGCCUUCCCAAAACGGCUGGUUUUAGUCAAAUACAUCACUAUCUGUUAAAAGAAACCAGACCUGAAAUGGAAGUAGAAAUCUAAUGUAUGAAGACACAGAAACUGCUUCAGUUGACUCAAAAUGGGAACAAGUGAAGAGAUGGUAUCGGUGGAACACACCUCCUCGUCCUUCAAUCCUCUGUGUUUUGAAUGUGGUCAGCAGCACUGGACAAGAGAAAAUCACUUGUAUAAUUACCAGAAUGAAGUGGAUGAUGACCUGGUCUGCCAUAUUUGCCUUCAGCCUCUAUUACAGCCAUUAGACACCCCCUGUGGACACACAUUCUGCUGCAAGUGCCUCAGAAACUUCUUACAAGAGAAAGAUUUCUGUCCAUUGGACCGAAAAAGACUUCACUUUAAGUUGUGUAAGAAGUCUAGUAUUCUAGUUCAUAAACUUCUGGACAAAUUAUUAGUUGCAUGUCCUUUUUCUUCAGUGUGCCAGGAUGUAAUGCAGCGCUGUGAUCUGGAGGCACAUCUUAAAAACAGACUGGUAAUCUCAAUUGACCUAACUUCAAGUUCACCAAUUCUUUCUUCUGCCUGUUCAAAUCUGCUAUGUCCUGGAGCUUCUCAUCAGAGAGUUGCCUUAGAGAGAAGGAAAACCAGCAAAACUCAGACAGAGACUGAAAAUGAAAAUGGAACCACUAUAAUAGAUCUCCCAGGUACCUCUCCUCCCGAAACGGACUGCUCAGGGACAGGCACAGCGCCUGCCGAACGGAACUUGACCUCAGCCUCUCUUCCUGUAUGGACUGAGGAGCCUGGCCUGGACAACCCCGCCUUCGAGGAGAGCACCAUUGCUGAUACCACACAACAACCACCUAGUUUACCAGAAGGUGAAAUCACCACGAUUGAAAUUCACCGAUCUAAUCCUUACAUUCAGUUAGGAAUUAGCAUCGUGGGUGGCAAUGAAACACCACUGAUUAACAUUGUUAUCCAGGAAGUCUAUCGGGAUGGGAUAAUUGCCAAAGAUGGAAGGCUCCUUGCUGGAGACCAGAUUCUUCAGGUCAACAACUAUGAUAUUAGCAAUGUGUCGCACAACUAUGCCAGGGCUGUCCUUUCACAGCCCUGCAGCACCCUACAGCUCACUGUGCUACGAGAGAGGCGCUUCGGUAACCGAGUGACUAGCCAUUCUGAUGGGAACUCUCCACGAGAAGAGAUUUUCCACGUGGUUCUUCAUAAACGAGACUAUGGUGAACAGCUUGGCAUCAAACUUGUACGACGGACGGAUGAGCCAGGAGUUUUUAUUCUUGACCUGCUGGAAGGGGGGCUUGCUGCGCAGGAUGGGCGACUCAGCAGCAAUGACCGGGUGCUCGCCAUCAACGGGCAUGACCUGAAGCACGGAACUCCUGAGUUGGCUGCACAGAUCAUUCAGGCUAGUGGAGAAAGGGUCAAUUUAACAAUUGCUAGACCAGGGAAAGCCCAGCCUGGUAACACUAUCCGAGAAGCAGGAACCCAGAGCAGCAGCCAGCACCAUGCGCAGCCACUGUAUUACAGCAGACCCAGCUCACAUAAGGAUCUUACCCAGUGUGUUACUUGCCAAGAAAAACACAUUACUGUAAAGAAGGAACCUCACGAGUCCCUUGGAAUGACAGUAGCUGGGGGCAGAGGAAGUAAGAGUGGGGAACUGCCCAUUUUUGUGACCAGUGUGCCGCCUCAUGGCUGCCUUGCACGCGAUGGCAGAAUCAAGAGAGGUGAUGUGUUGUUGAAUAUCAAUGGCAUUGAUCUGACCAAUUUAAGUCACAGUGAGGCUGUUGCUAUGCUGAAAGCCAGUGCUGCAUCCCCUGCUGUUGCCCUGAAAGCCCUCGAGGUCCAGGUUGUUGAGGAGGCUACCCAGGCCACGGAUGCGCAGCCAAGCACUCUCAGUGAGAACGAGUACGAUGCCACUUGGUCCCCAUCGUGGGUCAUGUGGCUUGGGCUUCCAAGUUCCCUUCAUAGCUGCCAUGAUAUAGUUUUACGAAGAAGCUACUUGGGAAGUUGGGGCUUUAGUAUUGUUGGUGGAUAUGAAGAGAACCACACCAAUCAGCCUUUCUUCAUUAAAACCAUUGUCUUGGGAACGCCUGCUUAUUAUGAUGGAAGAUUAAAAUGUGGAGAUAUGAUCGUGGCUGUGAACGGCCUGUCAACUGUGGGCAUGAGCCAUUCCGCGUUAGUUCCCAUGUUGAAGGAGCAGAGGAACAAAGUCACUCUGACAGUUAUUUGCUGGCCUGGCAGCCUGGUAUAGAUUUUGGAAUAGAUUUUGACUCAAACAUCUUUCUUUUUUAGGUUUUUCAUAAAGGAAAUCCUUUUUUUUUUUUUUGUCUUUCUGGUUGUUAGGAGCUACUAGCACAGCUAGUAUAUACAGGGCCCCAAACCACUAAGAUUGUCCUUCUGUUGUUGUUUAAGUGGUUAAACUCUAGUUAGCCACAUUUCUUUCUUCUUGGAAACAGUCUUCCACUAAUCCUAUGAGUUCAUAUUUUCAGAAUGUGACCUAUAAUAAUGAAUGAAGUCAGUCAAAACUGUGACCCAGCCAGCUAGAUUCAAGGACUUCUGGCGGCUCUUUGUUUUCACUGACUGAACCAGAUAAUGAGUUACACAUGCCCAAGACUGGUACCAGUGAAGACAGGAGCAAUAGCAUUUGCUAUCACUGUUACUGCCAAUGCCAGGAAUGGAUAGAUUUUAAAUUUGGAUGAUAACCAUUUCCCAUUUUUCAUAGGUGCCAACAUUUCAAAACUUCAUACUGUUUAUAAAUUUUUCUGGCUUAUUUCUUAAUCUCUCAGUGCUCAGAGAUGAUGAAGAAAUAAUUUUGACACCACAAGUUUAUUUUUAAAAAAAACCAAAAACAUCCCUUUAUUAGAAUAUUAGAGAAUAAAAGAUAGCAUUUUCCAGUGUCAGGCAUUUGAGAGAGAAUUAUAGUUUAGUACUGGAGAUGUUAAAAGCUGCAUAUACUUGAACAGUCCAAAAGCAUUAAAGAUUCAUUUCCAAAGGAAUGUUUCAUGUAGGAAAAUUUUAAAGCAGUUUUUGCUAAAAUUAUUUUUUAGAGUUUGUAUUAUCCUUCUGUCAAUAAACCUGGCUGGAUAUGUUUUUGUGAUUUAUGCAAUUAGAUCAUAAAGAUAAAACCAUUCAAGACAUACUUACCCAACACAGCUAAGUAGGGGAAGCUAAACUUUUAAAAUUUUUAUUCAUUAAGAUUCUUGAGUGUUUUAGAAAUCUUUCUUUUUCAUCAUUAUUCCUUUACUUACGAACUUAAUUAUUUUUUUAAAAAGUGAAAAAUUCUGUGUUGUUUUUUUUUAAACCUGAAAUAGUAGAUUUUAGAUGUGAAUAUCUAUCAGUUUUUGGUCACUAGACUAUUUCAUAUUUUUUGAGAAGUUUUUGAAAGCUAUGACCAGCCCAUUAUGUUUGUCCUUUAUUCAAUAUGAUUGUCCUUCAGAAGAAGGAGGUGAAUAAGAUAAAAAAUAUCCUUAUUAAUAUUGUGCAUACUUGAAAAAAGUUUCAUUAGAAACCUAGUUCAGAAUCUGAGCUAAUUUACAAAUGACCUAUGUAAUGAAUGGUAUUGAUGAUCAGAGAAUGUAUUUCAAAAUAACUACAGUAUAUUAUGAAGCAUGACCACUUUGUUUUCAAACUUAGCAAUUGCAUUGCUGUGCUCAUUGUAUUCUAGCAUGUCACCAAUCAUUCCAGUUAGUUUUAUAAUGAUUUUUUAAAAUAUAUCUCUUUUGAAUAAAUAAGAAAUGGAAUAGUUAUUACUAACUUGUUCAACCUCUUAGCCACACUGUAGUUGACAGGUAACCAAGAUACAGUGGAAUGCCCCAUGCAGUAUAUUACUGUUAUGUUAUGAUUGGCUUUGGAAGCAAUUUGAUAUUGAAAUGCUUUGAUAUUCUAAUUGACAUGGAACAAGUUUUAUUCCUACUCCCCAAGUAGAAUUUUGUAACCCACUUUGCUAUUUUUAAAAACAUUUUGUAAAAAUGAGUCAUUUCUUGGGGAAUGGCCAUCCAUCAACAAAUACCCCAACCUGCUACUUUAUUAUAUAUAAAAUAGUUUUCAUUGAACUCAGUGGUUAUAAUGAGUAUUCUGAAAGAAGAAAUACUUUUCAAUAUUAUUUUUAUUAUGGAAAUCUUUAAAUCAGCUUAAGCUAAUUUGGUUUUAUUACAAAAGAUUAUAUAGCUUUUGGUCAGAAUGAUAUUUGGUGAUGGAAAUUUAUUCAUAAUUUAUUGUUACUGUUGAAAUAUUUGAAUUUUGUCAUUUGAAGCUUAAACAGUUAAAUAUUUCUAUUUGUUCUGUGCCUUCAGUUUAAAUUAUUUCAGGAUUUUCCAGGUAUGUUUAAAUAAUGAUAUGAUGAUCAUUCUUGAUGGAAAUAAAAGUCAUCAAUUCCAUAAUA